AUGAAAUUUCUGCUUGUUCCUGUUUUUAUAGCCACAGCUUCUUGCCUCUCUUUUAUUAAUGAAGGAAAUUCUGAAUCAAGUUACUUUCCCACCAUAGGUAUAUUAUCCACACCAAUAGAGAGAAAAGACGUUUUAGCGAAUUCAUCAUACACAAUGUAUUUUCCAGGGUCAUAUGUCGAUCAUAUAGAAUCAGCAGGAAUAAGACCAGUAUCGAUUUUAUAUAAUUCAACUUAUGAGGAAAUUGAUUGUAUCAUGUCAAAAGUCAAUGGUAUCCUCUAAUAAGGAAUUCUUUUUACAGGAGGAAGAUCAUUACUUGUUUAUUAUGAUGAUGCUGGAGUUAUGAAAUAUAGCAAAUUUAUGCGAAAGGUGAUGUAUAUAAUACAAAAGGCCAUUGAAAAGAAUGAUAAUGGAAUAUAUUUCCCAAUUUUCGGAACUUGUUUAGGUUUUGAGGUACUUUUUAUUAAUACAGUAAAUGAGUAUAUAUUGGAAAGCUUUAAUUCAACGAGAUAUAGGACAAAUUUAUUCUUCAGUGAAAAAGCCACGACAUCAAAAAUAUUAAAAAAUGCUCCUCCAGAAUUACUAAACUUUAUGAGUAUGGGUAAUAUUACAUUUGAAAAUCACAAUAAAGGUAUUAGCCCAACUACUUAUUUAAGUACAUUUUAUUUAGAAUACCCUCAAUUACAAGAAAUGUUUGAGCCAAUAGCUUAUUCCAAAGACCGUCAAGGUUUAACAAAUAUUGUUCUUGCCGAAGGUAAAAAGUAUCCAUUUUAUGGUUUCAUGUUUCACCCUGAAAAAUCAGCUUACGAAUUUUUCUUUUCAACCAUAAAUCAUGAUAUUCGAGCAAUAGAAAUGGGACAUUAUUUUGCUCGGUUUUUCGCUGAAGAAUUAUCGAAAAAUCCAAAUCGUUUUCUUAAUGAUGACGAUUACAUAAAUCAUUCAUUACAAAGCUAUGAUGUAAUGUAUCUACACAAUCCAUAUGAAGAAAUAUAUUUAAUUUAG